UGCAGCAAUAUGAAAACACUCGUAGAACUAAAAGAAGAAGAGGAGGAGCAGGGAGAUGAAGAAGAAGCAGAUGAAGAGGUUUUUAGCCUGGAGCUGGAGCGAGGUGAAAGAGGGAUUGGUCUUGCUCUAAUAGACACAAGGGACACUUCUUUGAAGGCGAAGGGCAUCUUUAUUCGUGCAGUGGUCCCAGACUCUCCAGCUGCCCGGUGUGAGAAGCUGUUACCAGGAGACAGGAUCUUGGCUGUUAAUGGAAUCAGCCUUCUUGGACUGGACUACCAAAACGGGAGGGAGCUGAUCCAGUCAUCAGGGGCCAGACUGAGGUUACUCGUGUCCAGAUCAAACUGGAUGGCUAAGAUUAUACAGAAUGAGUGCUGACGCUACAUUUGCUGAGAGACUUGUGACAACCAUCAGCACUUAAAGAUGAUUCUGAGAGCUUUUGGAAUUUUCAAGUUAAAGGAUAUGGACAAUUUAAAGAAAAUCUUCAAUCUUCUAUCAGGUUUUAGAUGUUUUGCAGCUUUUUAAUUUACAUCACAGUGGCAUCAUAGUCCUUUUUUGUGUGUGGUCAAGGUUACAUUAGUGUUAUCAUUUCCAUUGGUAGAAGACAAGACCUUUUCUCUCCAUGCUCUCUCCAAAUACAACACCGUCACCCCAGGAAUAAGAAAGCUGAUGCAAUAACACACAAGGAACAUUUUUCACAGUGUUAUCAAAGUUCCACUCCCUUGUUUAGUCUGGCAUCAUUAGACAUUUCUGGAUCCAAGUAUUUCUUCACUUCAAAAGAAGCAAACGAGCACUGAGGCACUACUGGGAGUAAAAACUGUGGCUGUUCUCCCCGGUUUUGCAAUAACAUUUAACAUUCAGACAUCCAUGACAAAGACGAUUUAUGAGGUCGUAACCAGAAGUAAGUUAGCUAGAUA